CUGAACUCUGUACCUGUUUAAAUGAUCUUAAGUGAGCUAACAUUAGCAGAGAAAUCACUUCCUCGUAGGAUUAGCUGAGAGCAGCCUCCGAAAUGAAAGGCUACGUCCUUCUCGCUGUUCUGCUCAGCUCUGCUGUGUGUGCUGGGAACGUAACAUCUACAGUGAGAACAUCUACAGUGACCCCCUCUACCACCAUCACUAGCACUGCCGCUACAACAGGAACAUCUACACCGACCAUGUCUGCCAGCACCGCUACCACUGCCCCUACAACAGGAACAUCUACACCGACCAUCCCUACCAACACCACUACCACUGCCCCUACAACAGGAACAUCUACACCGACCAUCCCUACCAACACCACUACCACUGCCCCUACAACAGAAACAUCUACACCGGCCACCCCUGCCACCACCGCUACCACUUCCCCUACAACAGGAACAUCUACACCGACCACGUCUGCCAGCACCGCUACCACUGCCCCUACAACAGAAACAUCUACAAUCACCGUUACCUCUGCCCCUCCAACAGGAAAUACCAGUAUUACCCCCAACACCAUGACACCUACAAAUACCACAGGAACACCUGCACCUGUCAGCCCUGACAACACCACUUCCUCCACCCCUCCAGCAGCACAACCUCCCACCUGUGAAGACAAGCCAUGUGGAAACAGUGCUGCUCAGUGUAUUACUCUGUAUCAAAACUAUACCUGCCAGUGCCCGUUUCAGUUCUACUAUAACUCAUCAGCUUGUGUGGAAGGAAAAGUAUUCCCCGGACAGCUCACAGUGAAUAUAGAAUACAGCAGCGAAAUGCAAAAUGUGAACUCGCCCAAAUACAUUGAGGUGUACCAAGCCAUCGAAAAUUUUUUCCGAAAAGCUUUCUCUGGCCAAGCAGGCUAUGGACAGACAGUAAUUGAAACUCUACGUGGGCUCUCUUCAGCUAGGAAAAGGAGUACAAAUCCGACUGAAGUGAUCUUUAUGAACAUCUUUGAAGCGAAGACACCUUUAUCCAAUAAAACGGUUGAAGAGCUUAUAACAAAUGUAGCUGAUGACAUAACCGUUAAUUCCAAGUCCUAUAAGUCGCUCAGCGAAUGUGCUGUGUAUGGAUGUGAUCCGGUGACCACUACGUGCCAAGCAUUGACUGAUGGGCUACUAGUGUGUGAGUGCAAAGAAGGGGCAUUCAAGAAGAACCAGGAAGACAGAGUUUGUUCAUAUUGCCGCAGCACGUGCACCAGCAAAAACAACGAACACUGCACUUACAACAAGACGGGUUUUCCAAUUUGCAGUUGCCUUCCUGAUUUUAAAUUACAAGAGUCAAAAUGUGUGGCAUGUCCUGUUGGCUAUUCUGGAGUAGAGUGUGAGAACAAUUUCCUAUUGAUCGUUAUAAUAUUGGCUUGCGUACUUGGGGCCGCUAUCCUCAUCUUACUUUCAGUGGUCAUUUACUUAUCAGUGAGAACAACAAGGAAAUCCGAUCCAGAGAAGAAACAUUUGCUAAACUUGAACAAGCGAAAUGCAGAAGAAAUAUCCAAUGGAAGUUCUGGCAGCAACGUUGAGGCGGGGGGCAGAAUCUUCCCCAGGAUCAAAACUAAUAUGGGUCAAGCAAACCAAGGAUUUGAGGGAAGUAACCCUUACGCAGCGAACCCACCAAAUAGGAACUACCUUCCCGAGAAGGAUUACGAGUAUGAUGAUGACUAUGAAAUGUCAGCAAGAGGUGAUGGCUUCAGGUUGCAGCGCAGAUCCUGAUUUUAAGUAGCUCAAGAGACUGCAAGGCUUCAAGAGAGACAAUGGACCAGAUGGGUUCUGCAGCUUCUUCACUAAUAGGAUGAUCUCAGCUGGGUGGCAGAUAGAAACCUUUCAACACUCCCUAUCCUCCUGACAGCACCUCUUUGAAGAAGACAUCAGCCUUAAUUAACCUCUUUAAAUCAAUACCAAUAAAAAUGGUACCAAGAUGUCCUUAAGGGCAUGAAUAAGCUUCUCCAUCUUAGGUUCUGACCGCCCAGGUUUCUAAGGCAGUGGUAGAUCAAUGCAGCUCUAUCAAUCGCUAGCGCACUCAGGGUAAUGACACUUUAACCACCAUGCCACCCAUCCCUGCUCAGAGAUGUUCCAGAUCACUCGAUGAUAAAAAUGCCUAGGCUCACUGCUGCUACCGUUACUACCCCAAGCAAACCUGCAGUGGUGUUUAGCAUGCUGGGACAUUGCCAAAAGAGUGUGCAAGUUUAGUGUAAGUCAAGGCUGCUAAGAACUGCCUGUGAUUUCAUCCUCCUUUAGGUGCAUCGAUCUGCCAAAGGAACGGUCCAACCAAGGAGCUUGGAUCUUAAUUGAAACCCACAGUUGCUCCUGUGAUAAGAAUUCAAACAACCAGGAAUUAGAAUAAGUAUAGAUUCGAAAUUGCUUCCCCGUGCCUCUUGUUUGAGAGGGCUCAGUUCUGAACCUGAGCCACAUACACAUACACUUUCCUCCCCAUGCAGCAACAUGGCUAAUACCUCAACACUAUAGCUCCUGGGCAGAAGCUAUAGUUGUCUUAUGUAAUUUGUGAUCACUUUUUUUUCUCUGGAGUCAAGGAAGGCAGAAGCCUUUUUACUUUAAAUGGUUAUAACUCUGUGAAAAGCAUGCUUGACUUUUUUCUCUUUGCAUUUCUAGUUUCUCAUACAUCUUCAGUGUUUCUUUGUACCUCCAGCAAAUCUUUUUUUAAUGAUACGCAAUCUAUAAUUUGGCAUUUAAGUAGGUUUUCUAUUGACUAAGGACAGCAUUUAAAAUACUGUACAUAUAUUUAAAUAGGUUUGUUAAAUCUAAAAUAUAAUUUGAUUGAAUUGAAUGUUAUGUUUUCUGAUGCUCGUUCUUGAUAUGUGCAAACUAAACAGAUUCUGCUCAGUAAACUGUUUGAUAUAAUGCU